CAUGAACUCUAAAAGCCACCAGCAGAUGCAAUUUGAUCUCGACAAGCCGUGCUUGAUCCCAAUGAGGACUUCGAUUUUUUCACAAGAUACUUCAACCUACCGCUACCCUCAUCUACCGCCUAAGACGAGACAAAAACAGUGUAAGGGGGGGCUUCAUUUCUCGCAUAAGAACUUGAUUUUUCCAGAUCAGGCCUACUUUGCAGCCUGA